AUGCAACAGCAAUCAGAUAUUCUAAGCAAAGUUACUUCUAGACUCCAGAACUCGUUGUUUAUCCCAUUCGACACAAUUAUGGAGAACAACAACACCGCUGCCUCCACCAACAAACCAUCUCUCUUUGAGGGAGUUCCAUUGGCACCUGCCGACCCAAUUCUCGGCGUGUCUGUUGCUUUCAAGGCCGAUCCAUCACCCAACAAGGUUGAUGUUUCAGUCGGCGCCUACCGUGACGACAACGGCAAGCCCGUCGUCUUGAAGUGCGUACUUGAAGCAGAGAGACGUCUGCUCGGUGCCAGCAAAGAGUACCUCACCAUCGAUGGUAUCCCAGAGUUCAACAGAGCAUCAGCACAGCUUCUUUACGGUGAUGCUAUGAAGGGACAAGAGAAGCGCAUGGUUACAGUCCAAUCGCUCUCUGGUACUGGUGCACUCCGUAUCGGUAUCAUCUUCAUCCGCAAAUACCUCCCAGCCGGCACGACUGUCUAUGCCUCCCGUCCAACAUGGACCAACCACCACAACAUCUGCAAGGAGUCUGGUGUGCCUUCAAAAGAGUACGCCUACUAUGACAACAAGAACAACCGCCUCGACUUUGAGGGCAUGCUCAGAGACAUGGAGAACGCACCCAACGGCUCAGUCUUCCUUCUGCAUCUGUGCGCCCACAACCCAACUGGAUGUGACCCAACCAAUGAGCAGUGGGGUAUCAUCGCCGACUUGAUGGAGAAGAAGAAGCACAUCCCAUUCAUUGACUGUGCCUAUCAAGGUUACGCAAGUGGUGACCUCGAUCGCGAUGCCUACUCGGCUCGUCUGUUCUUCAAGCGUGGAUUCGAGAUGUUCUCAUCUCAGUCGUACUCCAAGAACUUUGGCCUCUAUGGAGAGCGUGCCGGUGCCCUCACUAUUGUCUCCAAUAACCCAGAGAACGUGCCCAAGAUGUUGUCACAGAUUAAGAUGGACAUCCGUGCCAUGUAUUCCAACCCUCCAACCCAUGGUGCCCGUAUUGUCGCCACUGUCCUUGCCGACCCAGAGCUCCACGCUCUCUGGAUCACCGAGCUCAAGCAAAUGUCCAACAGAAUCAUUCAGAUGCGUCAGGCACUCUUGGAUGCUUUGCGUGUCAGGAAUGUCCCAGGCGACUGGACUCACAUCACUAGCCAGAUUGGAAUGUUCACCUACACUGGUCUCACUGCACCCCAAGUGGAGUUCAUCAUCAAGAAGUAUCACAUCUAUAUGUUGGGCAGUGGCAGAGUCAGUGUUGCUGGUCUUAACACCAAGAACAUUAACUAUGUGGCAGAUGCCAUCGCUGAUGCUGUUGCCAACGCCAAGUAA